AGAGAGGGCGGGCGCUCAAAGAAAAAGGGCGGGAAAAUUUCCACAGUCUCCGAUAACAAAACCCUAUUUACCUCCAUCACUCAAAUCCAGUUCUCUUCGCUUCUCUACUCCAUUCUCUUCUUCACCUUCAGGUAAACAUAAAAAAAGAGAAAAUGGGGAGAAAUGGGAAAACUAGGGUUCCUAAAGAUGAGGAGGAUCCCAAAAUUGGAAGCAGCGGGGAGCCGAUCGAGAAGGAGAAGAGCUUGUAUGAGAUCCUUGGUGUGGAGAGAACAGCAACCCAACAGGAAAUUAAUAAGGCAUAUUACAAGUUGGCCUUGCGGCUUCAUCCAGAUAAGAAUCCUGGUGAUGAGGAAGCCAAGGAGAAAUUUCAGCUGCUGCAGAAGGUGAUUUCAAUUCUUGGAGAUGAGGAGAAAAGGGCAAUUUAUGAUCAGACUGGUUGUGUUGAUGAUGAGGCCCUAUCUGGUGAAGCUGCUGAAAAUUUGCAAGAGUUCUUCAGGACAAUGUAUAAAAAGGUGACGGAAGCUGAUAUUGAGGAAUUCGAAGCUAACUACAGAGGAUCAGAUUCAGAGAAGAAAGAUCUGAAGAACCUGUAUACUGAAUUUAAAGGCAACAUGAACAGGCUUUUCUGUUCAAUGCUUUGUUCUGAGCCAAAGCUUGAUUCACAUCGUUUCAAGGAUAUAAUUGAUGAAGCAAUAGCUGACGGUGAGCUCAAAACAACUAAAGCCUACCAGAAAUGGGCGAAGAAAGUGUCCGAAACAAAGCCACCCACUGAACCUAUAGUGAGACGGUCGAAGUUGAAGAAGAAAGAAGAGACAGACCUAGUUGCAGUGAUCACUCAACGCAGGAGUGAAAGGAAAGAUAAAUUUGACUCCAUACUGUCAUCGAUAGUGGCUAAAUGUAAUGGAGAGGCAAUCCCCGAGCCCUCAGAGGAAGAGUUCCAGAAGGCACGCGAGAGGAUCGAAGGGAAAAAUAAGCAACCUAAAAGGUCGAAGCAUUAGUGAAACGCCUCAACUCAUCUUCUUUGUAGCGGUCAUCUCUAAGUAAGAUAAGUGAUAUCUAAUGUUCAACCAAAUGAAAAUAUUGUAUGUGAAGAAAAUACUAUUUCAUGGAAUCAUUCCCGGUAAACUCUUUUUAAGAGUGAAGAUUUGCAGGUUUCUUGGUAUUCUUGAGUUUUCCUUGACUUGGUAAUAUAGUGAAUGCUUGGCAAGCAUGCAGUUCA